GAAACUUCAUUUAGUGCAAGUUGUAAAACAUUCGUUAUGUUGGUAAAACAUAACAAUGAAGUUGGCAAUAUCGAAACAAAUAUCGAUAGUGGACAAUGAUUUUAAAAACAUUAGUACGCGCGAAAGCUCUGUCGUGUGCAUUUACCGAUGGAAAAUAUUUAUUUAAUAAUAUAAAGAUAUUAGAAAAAAUGGGACCUCUCGAAACGGCAAAAAAAAUUGCUGCUUAUAAAGCUAUCGACGAAUACGUCAAGGAUAAUACCGUAAUUGGAAUUGGUAGUGGAUCUACUAUUAUUCAUGCUGUACACAGACUUGCCGAACGUGUAAAGGAAGAAAAACUUAACGUUGUUUGUAUUCCUACAUCGUAUCAAGCUCGACAAUUGAUAUUGAAUAAUCAUUUAACAUUAGGCGAUUUAGAAUCUUUUCCAAAGUUAGAUUGUGCCAUUGAUGGUGCAGACGAAGUUGAUGCUGAAAUGAAUAUCAUCAAAGGUGGUGGGGGAUGUUUGCUUCAAGAAAAAAUUGUCGCUUCAUGUGCCAAAGAAUUUAUUAUUAUAGCUGAUUAUACAAAACAUUCGGAAAAACUUGGACAACAAUAUAAGCAAGGUAUACCUAUCGAAGUAGUUCCCAUGGCAUAUGUUCCUAUUCAACAUAGAAUUGAAGAUAAUUAUGGUGGCGACGUAAAGAUAAGAAUGGCCGUUGCUAAAGCUGGACCUGUAAUAACCGACAAUGGUAAUUUUAUUUUGGAUUGGCAUUUUCCACAAGAUUUGAGCGAUUGGAAUAAAAUCAAUGAAGAAAUUUUAUUGAUGCCUGGAGUAAUAGAGACUGGUCUUUUUAUUAAAAUGGCAAAUAAAGCAUAUUUUGGUAUGGCAGAUGGCAGUAUCAAGGAACAACCAUAAAAAAAAUUAUUGUAUAUAUAGACAAAUGUUAGUUUUCAUAUUACACGAUAUGAUUUUAUCAGAAUUUAAAGAAAUUCAUGUCUUGCCUUUAAAUAUAUAAUUUUUUCUCUCAUAUUAUACAGUCAUUUUAAUAUAUUAUUAGGCAUUUUUUUAAAUAUUGUUUUGUUUCGACUGAUUUACAUUACGAUUGUUUUUUAACGAAUUUGUGAAUAUUGUUUUUUUUUAUAUUAUCGAUAUUUAAAUGUAAAUUUAUUUUUUACAUUGUACUUAAAAAGUUGUAUUUAGAAUAUAUUUAUUGGUAGAAACCAUGGGAAAUAUUUGUGUAUAUAUAAUUUUGUAUUAAUCGAACAUUAAUAGAAACCACCAUGACAUUUAAAUGAAUAAAAGAUAAUAAAAUAUGAUUUGAUACUUAA